UGUACUAUGGAUUGGACACAGACUGCAAGCAGUGCAGCAACGGUCAGAAGAUAAAGAACAUUGUAACAACACAUCACCAUGAACAUCAAAGUUAACUUCAUUGUUCUCACUCUCUUCUUAUUUUAUGUGUCUUCCAUACAAGCUGCAUCAAUUGGGAGAUCAGGAACUAAACUGCGCUGUCAGUGUAUCAAAACAUCCUCAAAUUUCAUCCAUCCGAGGUUCAUGGAGAACAUUGAAAUUAUUCCCAGUGGUCCUCACUGUGGGAAUGUAGAAAUCAUUGCCACUCUUCAAGAUACUAAUCGAGUCUGUCUGGAUCCUGAAUCCUCCUGGGUAAACAAAAUUAUUAAAAAGAUACUCAGUCGUCCCAAGACUGAUGCAGUUCAGUGAGGAGAAACUCAGGGUCAGAGAGUGAAAAGGCUGAAACAUUAUCCAUACUGGAGACCUAGAUUAAGUUCAAAAACUCACACUGGCCUGGAUCUUGUUCAGAUUUAUGCUAGUAUCAUAAUAGCCUGUGAAUGUAUUAAAACAGCUGUGAAUGGCUUAAAACAGUGUUUUAUAAUUAUAUAUUUAUUUGUGUGUUAAGGCUAAUGCUUGAGGGAUUCUUUAGUUAUAUAUUUAUUUUUAUACUAAUGCCAAUGGUUCAAGAAUGAAAUGUAUUUUUGUCUUACUGAAUCAUACCCUGCAUCAUGUUAACAAGUUGUCAAUGUCUCAGAGAUUACAAUCCAAUGGUAACCAAGAAUAAGUAGAAGACAAAUUUAAAAGAAAUUCCUAAAUGGUCUUCAGUAGAGCCAGCAAUGCUGUCACUAUGUCAGCAAUGCUAAGCAUGUUAGUGCAAGCACAAAUGGACUGAGUCAUAUUUAUAUGUCCAGGGAGCAGAUGACACAGCAUUGUCGGUUCCAUAUCCUCUUAAUGGAGCCACAAGAGACUGCAGAUGCUGGAAUCUGGAGCAGCAAACAACCUGUUGGAAGAAUUCAGUGGAUCGAGCAGCACCAGUCCUGAUGCAGGGUUUUGACCCAAAACAUUGACAAUUCCUUUCCUCCCACAGAUGCUGCUCGACCCACUGUGUUCCUCCAGCAGAUUGUUUGUUGCUCCAUAUCCUUUCAAACUAACUCAACAAUGUAACAAUAUCAAUGCUUAGCUCUUAUCAUCUUCCUUCAGUUGUUCAUAGUAAAUGCUGCAGGGUAUAUUUAAUCAACAUUGUAAUGCAAAUUCUGCCAAUUAUUUAUUGUAAAACACAACUAAAUAUUUAUAUAUGUCCAAUGAUUUCAUUCAUCUCCAUUACAGAAAAUGUAAUCUUGAUGACAGGAAAAUAAUGCCAUACAAAUAGAUCUUUUAAUAAUUGAUUGGAGGUUUCCAAUGAUAAGAUAUUUAUUUAUUAGUCACAUGUACAUCGAAACGCACGGUGAAAUACGUCUUUUUGAGUUGCUAAGAAUGUGCUGGGGGAAGCCUGCAAAUGUAGCCACUUUUCCUGCGCCAACAUAACAUGCCCACAGCUCCUAACCUGUACGUCUUUGGAAUGUGGGAGGAAACCGGAGCGCCUGGAGGAAAUCCACGCAGACACGGGGAGGACGUACAAACUCCUUACAGACAGCAGCGGGAAUUGAACCCAGGUCGCUAGUGCUGUAAUAGCGUUACGCUAACUGCUAUGCUGCAGUGCCGCAUUUCAUCAACUGGACUUUUUAUACAGUACUUACUCAAAGAUAAAUUAUUUCAUACACUUAAUGUAAGGCAUUAAGUAUGCUGCAUUUUGGUUUCCAAAUAAUUGAUCUUGUCUUAAAUUAUUAUUAAAAUAUUUGGAGAU